CGGGCUCCGUUGAUGUUGUUGUUGCUGCUGGUACGAGGAGCCGGGCGGCCGUUACUGACCGUGUGAAUGAAAGGCGGCUCGGUGACCGACCCCGCGCCUUUGACAGAAACAAAGCUGUCGUCUUCUCCGCAGCCGAAUCCCGGUCGCUUAAUCUAAAAACAAACCCUUCCUGCGCAAGAUUUCCCCCGUAAUUGCACAUAAAACCCUGUCGGGGCUGAAUGGAACCGGACGGAGCGUCGACGGAGGCCGGGGGUGAGAGCGAGCCGCCGGCGGCCGAGGAGGCGGCGGUGGCGGGAGCCGAGGGGGAACUGUGCGCUAUAGAAUCUUUCAGUAAAAAAUCAGGCUUGGCUGAGAUGCCCUCUUCUUCUGGAAAUACAUAUGCACCUGCAGGCAAAAAGAUUGGACACAGGGGAGUGGAUGCUUCUGGAGAAACUACAUACAAAAAGACAAGCUCAUCUACUCUCAAAGGAGCUAUUCAGCUGGGGAUUGGAUACACGGUAGGAAAUCUCAGCUCGAAGCCCGAAAGAGAUGUGCUGAUGCAAGAUUUCUAUGUGGUUGAGAGUAUAUUCUUUCCUAGUGAAGGUAGUAACUUGACCCCAGCGCAUCAUUUUCCUGACUUCAGAUUCAAGACGUAUGCUCCAGUGGCAUUUCGUUACUUUAGGGAACUCUUUGGCAUUCGACCAGAUGACUAUCUGUAUUCAUUAUGCAAUGAACCCUUGAUUGAACUCUCCAACCCUGGUGCCAGUGGAUCUCUCUUUUAUGUGACAAGUGACGAUGAGUUUAUUAUAAAGACUGUGAUAAACAAAGAAGCAGAAUUUCUACAAAAGUUGCUUCCAGGUUAUUACAUGAACCUGAAUCAGAACCCACGGACACUCUUACCAAAGUUUUAUGGACUCUACUGUGUUCAGUCUGGUGGCAAAAACAUUCGAGUGGCAGUGAUGAAUAAUGUGUUGCCGCGCGUGGUGAAGAUGCACCUCAAGUAUGACUUAAAAGGUUCAACCUACAAAAGGAGAGCUUCAAGAAAAGAACGUGAGAAGUCCAGACCAACGUUUAAAGACUUGGACUUCAUGCAGGAUUUCUCAGAUGGAUUGUUACUAGACGCGGACACGAACUGUGCCCUGAUUAAAACCCUACAGAGAGAUUGUCUGGUGCUAGAGAGCUUUAAAAUCAUGGAUUACAGUUUGUUGUUAGGAGUUCACAAUUUAGACCAAGCAGAGCGUGAGAGGCAGUUGGAGGGCUCACUAAGUACCUCUGAUGAGAAACGACCCAUUGCACAGAAAGCACUCUAUUCCACAGCCAUGGAAUCUAUUCAAGGUGGAACAUCACGGGGCGAGUCCAUUGACACAGAUGAUACGAUGGGCGGUAUUCCAGCAGUGAAUGGGAAAGGAGAGAGGCUCCUCUUGUACAUUGGUAUUAUUGACAUAUUGCAAUCUUACAGGUUGAUCAAGAAACUGGAACAUACUUGGAAAGCACUUGUUCAUGAUGGUGACACUGUGUCAGUGCAUAGGCCAAGUUUCUAUGCCGAAAGAUUUUAUAAAUUUAUGAGUAGCACUGUCUUCAGAAAGUCUUCAUCAUUGAAAUCAUCCCCAUCCAAGAAAGGACGAGCCUCUCUACCAGUUCCUAAAUAUGUCGGCCCAGGACAAGCCUUUUCAGCCAGUCAGAUUCCGACAGAAGAUGAAGAGAAGCGGUAUGACCUGCGGGGAGCCAGGAGCUUCCCAACUCUUGAAGAUGAAGGGUUAUUAGGCCGACCAGAUCUCCUUCCUUGUACCCCUCCUUCAUUUGAAGAAGCAACAACAGCUUCAAUAGCAACAACUCUGUCAUCAACAACAUCUUUGUCAAUAACAGAGCAGUCAGCAUCAGAAGGCUCAGAACAUCAUCAUCGUUACAGGAAAACUACACUUUCAUCAGUGCAGGAUAUUGGAUCCUAUGAUGAGGCGGCAGUGGAAGCCAACUUGCAGCAGGUCACUGUUGAACUGGAAGCCAAGUCCAGCAUUGAGUCUGAAACUACACUGGAGGAAGGAACAGAAGAAGAGGAGGAAAAAACGGAAGUUCCUUCAGCAUCUGCACGUACAAGUUCUACUAUCACUUUGGAAGCCGACACUGUGAGUCAGAUCUCUGAGGGAGCCAGCCAUGCUUCUGAGGAGGCAGAAGAUGAUGAAGAUGAUGAGGAGGUUCCAGUUACAGACAUAUACUUUUGUACAGAAGAGAGGGCCUGGAUUUACUCUCCUCUUCACUAUGGUUCUCACGUCCGUUCAGUUUCAGAUGGAGAGAGUGAAACUUAAAUCUAUGCAGAUCGUUUUUGAAGAAUAAAGAAGGAAGUUCUUCCAGAGGAACAACUUAACUUGGUCGGAAGCAGUGUCACUCCAUUGGAUCAGAAUGAUACAACAUCAUCGCUUAUUGCAGCUGGGUUCUGUGUUAUGACGUGCAGAAUAUGAAACUCGAGCAAAGGAAACUGCUGGAACAGAGAUCAAUUUGGUAGAAUGGGAUCUAUGAAUCUUCUGGGGGGCAUGGUGGGGGUUGGGGCAGUGGUUUUUGUUUGAUAGUGUAAACAAUGUUUCUGCACAGCUCUGCUCACACAGUAACCGUAUCUUGUGGUUCUAUGUGGUCAUUGUUUGUCAGUGACAGAUCACUGUUCUUUAGUCCAUGUCCUACUGAAGUCUGAUUGAUUAGAUUCUUUCCUGACACAAAUGAAUUGCAGAGUGCCACAAUCGAUCUCGCAGUGAAUGUAUGUUAUUUUGUUAAUAUCCAAGAUCAGUGCAGCUUUUGGCAAUGUUUCCAGUUGCGUAAAUCACUUGUAAGCAAUCAAGCUUAUCUUUUUGUGCUGAGGUUAUUUUCCCUUUGGUGUUAAUCUACCAAAAGUUUUUUGCAUAAAAUAAGUAGGAAGCUGAGUUGUACUUAAACAUUGGUAGCUAUAAACAUAGAAGCACAAUGCAAAACUGUACAUGCCUCAGAUGAUAGAGGUACAUUUUCCUUAACUACAAUUAAUAUGUAGUUCUUAUCUAUUUUACAUAUAUUUUUCAUGGACUGGGGCAGUGGGGUAAGGGUCAUUAUGGGGGUGUUCUGGAAAGCAAAGCAGUAUUGUGACUUGAGCUAAAAUUCAAAAACCCCAUAUGUAUUUAAACCAAUUUUAUUUUUAAAGCUGCAUGUAUUUUUUGUAAUUGUGAUUAUUUUUUGACGAGGGCUGUAUUUUGUGUGCAGUGCAAAACUUCCCCAAGGAAUCAGACACUGUUUGAAUCAGCAAAGAUUAGGUGCAAAGUAAUGAUUCCUCAAUAUAGCUUAAGCACUUGUAUCAUGUACAACAUAAGCUAAAUGUGGGGUGCAGAUUACUUCAUACAAACCCCAGUAAUGCCACCUCAUCAACAAACUAAGGAGCAAACCAUCCUAUGAAAUGUACAUUUCCAAAGUAUAUGUAUUGAGGUAUUUAUGUUUUCUUAACAAACUAUACUCUACUAGAUGUGUUUCUAGUUGGGUUUCAAAAUUGCAAGUUAUGAAGUUUUAUAUUUUGAAUUUUGAAAUAUUUAGAAAACUAUAUGGCUACAAUCCAAACAUUUAAUCUGUGCAUUGUAUGAUAAAUUGCAAUAUCUAUAUACGACAAAUUCUCUUUCAAUUAUAAACAUUGCAUUGAAGUGGCUAUAAAAUAGGCUGCUGCAAUAGUCAGGCGCUCUUUUUGAAAACUGUGCAUGUUUCUUUCCUACUAGUGUAAUUAUUCAGGUGUUUAUUUUGUAAUGUGUAUUACAUCCCUAAUGCUGAUUACAAAGUAGAUACAGGUAGGUAUGAUUUAACUGGCACCUCUCAACUCAUAUAUCAUAAAAGACCCUACAUUAUCUGUUUUUUUUAAACUGCCAACCCACCCCUGCCACUCCCAACGUGACAUUCCCUUAUUAAUUUAGGGGCGUUAAUACUACCUCCGUAUUAGCCCUGGGACCUCAGCUCUUCAUGUGGAGGUAACUGAGUACCAUUUGUACAUAAUUCUUUUGUACAUAAUUCACUGGUUUGUUCUGCUUGAUAUUUCGUCUGAAUGUUUGGAAUUGUCUGGUGUUAGUAAUGCUAUCUUAUUGGUGUACAUUCUAUCCAGAUCUCUUGAUAUAAGCAGAAUAUGAGUGAAUGGACUUAAAUUUUUAAUUGACUCUGAGGUCUGUGCCACGCAGCAAAAUGUUAAGAUUCGUAAAUGACUUGAACAUGUGGAUUCCUGGAAUCUGAGGCUAGUAACUGGAAAUACGCAAGCAUCAUGAGAUUGACCAUAAUAGCAGAAUUAUAUAAAUGGUUAUUUUUCUAUGCUUUGUGAGCAAGUUAACUCAAAUUUUACUUUGCCUAGAAUUGUAUAGACUCUUGGAUUACCAGGUGGAUGGAGAAAGGGUUCCAGAAUGUUCUCCAAGCCUCCUUGGAAAAGGUGAAACACACCCACCAACUCCUAGGAAUCCCUGACCCAUGAUUGCUCAAGAUGGGGGAAGGAGCAUUCAUGAUGCUAUUGAGAACCAUGAGUCCAUGUGUUGGAAGUGCGCACUAAAAGCCCAGAGUAAAAGGCAGGAGGAGUGCACUACCUCUCAAAUCACCCACUCGCAUGUCCUAUCAAGCACCACCUGCCCCAUCUGUGGUAGAAUCUGCGGGUCCCACAUUGGCCAUGUCAACCACCUCAGAACCCACAGAACUGGAAUGGAAGCCAGUCAUCUUGGAUCCUGAGGGACUUCCUCAAAAGAGACUGUUGGAGUUAACCAUACUGCAUUAUUGAACUUUUUCAAGAUCAAGAGAAGCCUGUCUGCACCUAGCCAAAUUAUAGAUUUGAUUGUACCUCAUGAAAUUUUUAAUUUAAAGAAUAAGCUGCUACACAGUUAUAUUAACAUACCAAUUCAUACAUAUUGAACCUUGCAGUGCAUUGCAAUGUUACAGGUUCCAUGGAAAGGAGGUAGAAUAUUUGGCAGGAAGAUGUAUGUAGAAAUACUAAAUAGGUUGUAGCCAAACCAGUGGUCUUUAUGAAAAUAUAAAAUGAACUGUGGCAUCUAAUUCCAAAACUAUUGGGUGAAACAAAUUUCAGUCCAUCUUGUGAUCAAGAUGUAGUUUGGUCAGCUACUGUAAACCAGUCAUCCUGGCUAUAACAUAGCAUUCUGAUAUUCAAUAGGAAUAUUGUGGGUUCGAGUCCAUUCCACAGUUUUAGCAUUUAGUCAAGGCAGUCGUUUCAGUGUGAUACUAAAGGAGUGCUGCAAUGUCAGAGGUACAUUUUUUUUUCAGAUAAUGUAUUAUCCCCUUUUGUGGACAUAAGAGAUCCUAUAGCAAUGUGAAGAGGAGCUUUUGCUACUGUCCUAGCUAAUGUUAAUCAUUCAACCAAUAUUUCUAUAAGCAGAUUAAUAUUUCAUCUGUCUCAUUGUUGCUUUUGAGACCUUGUGUGGAACAUACAAGGUAUUUGCUUAAACAGCAGUGACUACACUUGGGAGAAGAAGCAACUCUUUCGGUUGAGAUGCGCUUUGGGGCAUUAAAGGAAAUGAUUCGUAGAAUCUAAUAGUAUAGAGAAAGGUUGUUCAGUCUGUUGUGCUAAUGCCAGACCUUUUGAAAGAGCUAUCAAAUUAGUUUGUUCACUUAUUCUAUUCCUUAUAGUACUGAUUUUUAUUUUCAUUUUCAACAAUAUAGCAAUUCCCUUUUGAAAGAAACUAUUAAAUUUGCUUUUGCCACCCUUUUCUGUCAAGUCAACUUAACUCAAGCAUUUUUGAAAUAUAAUUAAGAAAAAAAUCUCAUCUUCCCUUAGGACUUUUUCCAGUUACCUCACGUCUGGGUGUCCCCAGGUUACUGAUCCACCUUCCACUCGAAAUAGUUUCUCUACAAGACUUCACAAUAUUAAAUUCCUCUCUGCUCUACUCUAAGGAAAGCAGUCUUGACCCCUCUGAUUGCUCCAUUUAGUUGAUGUUCCUCAUCCUAUAGAAAUGCAAGAUUUGCAUUUGCUUCUGCCUGUUGCUGCCAGAGUUAAAUUCAUCAGGAAGUGUACAGCUUUUAUGUGCAUCCACUGUAAAAUGCUUGCUGUUCCCAGUACAAACUAUCUUUCAAUUUAUAUUAAAAAAUAUAUAAUAGAAGAUAAUUCUUCUGAUACUCACUCAGGUUGGAUAUAGUUUGCUGGAUGUUUGGCAAUAACAGACAUGAAAGUCCUAAUGAAUUAGUAAUUCAAGAUGAUCUAAACUGAAGUAGGGAAGCCCUUUUGGUUUAUGACAGCUGCCUAAAUUGCACAUUAACUUACUAUUUAAAUAUCACAGCAAGUUUUAUAUUGCUGAUUUGUAAGUUUAUUUGGUUAUUAUUUUGGUCUAUUUUUAUGCUGAUUGUUGCAUCCUGCUACAGCAUGCUCUGUGCCAUUGAUUUAUAUUGUUGAUCACACUGAAGGAUUAACAAUUAAUGGUAUUACCAAAAGUUUACUGAGAUACUAUCUGCAUGUGCUCUGAGUUGCCGAACUCAUGCAGUCAGUAGCUGUUAGCUAAUAUGCAUUUGAUCAUUGAAAGCAUGAUAAGCAAUAUUAUAAAUAAAACUUAGUUUUCGUACAGAAUCUUUAAACAUUUUCUAAUCCUAAAACAAAUAAUUACUUGUAUAAAUCUUGUAUCAAAAAGAAUACUUGAAUUUGUUUCUCUGUAUGUUUACCUAUUUUGUGGUUGCAGCUUGAAUUUCUUGUGCUAUAAGUUUGUUUUUAAAAUUGAGUUAUCAUUUAUUUUGUUGUAAAGAUUUUGUUUCAAAGUUUUCUGGUGCUAGAAGUCACUAGGUUUUAUGUGAGAAGCUAUUGUGAUAAACCAUUGUUUACUCCAGCUGUGAAUUUGCUCAGCUUCUAUUAAUGCGUUGAAAUUGGGAGCACGCUGAUAGUGAAGGCUUAGAUAUAAUAUACUGAUUCAGUACAGAUGUGCUUUCCUAUCAUCCACAGGAAGGAGAUAGGAGAGGCGUAUUUUUGCUGUGUAUGCACUGACGCAAUUUAUCUGCAUCGUACCCUCCAUUUAUUUGUAUUUAAUGUAUCAUUUAAAUGUAUUUUUGCAUUUUUACAGAUGUUACGUAAUCAGACAUGCUGAGUGUUUGGUUUGUAUGGCCUUGGGUUGAUUUGAUCCAUAUGCUGUGAGCCCCUGAUAAACACUAAACCUGCGUAAUGUGAAUUAACUGAUUUAAUGUGGAAUUAUCCAAUACUUAAAAUGAAUUUAUUUAUUGCAAAAACUGUUGAGCAAUAUAUCUCCACUUGAUGUGUGGAUAAGAAAUAUGUCCUUGCAUCCCUUACUAAACUGCAGCAGUUUGUAUUUUUUUCAUGUUUUGUCUCCAGCUGUGUACCUACUGUAAAAGUAUUUUGAAAGGUAUAAUUUGUAUCUGUACAUAAUUGACUUUUGUAGCUGUUUUCAGCAUCCAUUUCUUCUCAAACUAGCCAGAUCAAUGUUAAUCAAUGAUUAAAGCACAAAGCUGAGUAUCUACAAUGUUUCACACACGUGCACACACAUGCCCCCUAAGUUCUGAUGAGAAAAUGGCCGGAAUAUCCCUUCCCAAAGUAACUUAAUCUGUGAUUUAUGUUUUCUGGCAUAAGUUUGGUUGACACACUGGGAUCUCUUUUAUAUUCCCAAAUCAAAUGCUUUGUACAGGCUGUUCUUGGUUUAUGAAUGCCCAACUUAUGGACACCCCCUACAUACAAAUGAGUUCCCAUAGAAUAUUAAUUUCAAAAAUCUGAUGUAUGUGCAUACAUUUGUUCUAGGAACAGCAGAACUAGUUUCCUGUCUCCACUUUUCGUAAUUGUUCUUAUCAGUCUUUUGUGCUUUUGAUGCCAUUUAUUACAAUGCUAAGGAGGCAUGGUUGCCAUAUUGAAUGAUUUUUGUGUAUUUUGCAACCUUUUGGGCCUCUGUAACAACAGAACCCAUUUGUUACCUGGUAAUGGCCUGUAUUUAAUCAAAUGAAGAUGGAAACUAUGCUUUCAUUUCAGAUACAUUUAUUGGCUGUUUUGGUUGUAAAAAUUAAUUCACAACUAUGUCUGUCACAAUAAUGAUUAUUGAAUUGUGGUGAUCAUAGUAAUUUAGUUUAACCAUUACUUUGAACCAACUGCAUUCAAUUUUUGAAAUUACAUGGUUGCACCCAAAAAUUUGAUUAUAUCAAAUGCUGGAAUGGGAUGGAGCUUUUGAGGUGUGAAGAAAUUUUGCUCCCACUUGGUUACUAUAUAAGUACUUUUUUUAUGAUGUCAAAUGAGGCAAUGAAUUUAAGAAUUAAUUGUCUGAAAUGAUCUUUUGAAUGCCUUAAAGAAUGACGGGAGUGUAUUUUUUUCGAGAAAUUAUAAAUAAUCAAGGUAGUUCUCAUCACCAUGUUUGAUGUCAGGUCUGUUCAAAGUUAGAUGAUCUCAAUGGGGCACGCAGCUGGCCUUGGCACCUUGGUUUGGGAGACAAGAUGAUCGGGCAUGCUUGGUCUUGAAGAGUCCAUGGGCAACAUUUUGCUCACCUGCAAUGUAGUGGGUUUUUGUUGUCAUACUCUAUUACCAUAUGACAAAUGGCCACGAAAGUGAGCUAUAGAGGCCAGUUUAUCACUGUUGAGCUUGAAUCCAAAUUUGCCCUUGGUGAGUGCAUAAGGGGACUGGUAAGGUGAGGACAAUAUCUCCAGUCAACAAAAAAAAGAGCUACUGUGACACGACUUCCCUUAAAAACAUUGAAAACUUCACAUUCCUUUGCAUUCGUCUUUCCCUUGUUAUUUUGCUCUACUAAUAUAUUGUUUUUCAAACAAUGUUCAAAUUUGUGAAAAUAUAACAGCUAUCAUCUGAUUUCAUGACUUAAUAUAGUUGCUUAAACAGUGGAUCACAAAAUUGUGUUAAUAUUUUGGAAGAAAACACUGAAUGCAGUGAAUAUACUCCAUAGAUUAACCUGUCUUUUCCGUCUGAUGUUGCUGUUUUUACUUCAGAUUCUCAGCAUUUGUCUAUUAUUAACACAUAGGUAGCUGAAAUACUAUCUGUUGUGCCCUAAAACUGGAACAAGAAUUUUUAUAUUAAUUUCAGUUACUAUUUAUUAGGUCAUCCUGAGCCUUGGAGAUGUGGAUUAACACACCAUCUUCAAAGUUAGUAUUAUCACAGACCUGAAAGCUGCAUAGCUGUGCAAACAAAAUCACUUUACAUCAAAGAAAGUGGCAGGAACUUUAUGAUUGUGUAAUCUUUUGACCAAUAGGCUAUAGACAUUAGUAGAUUUGGUUAUUUAAUUAGCAAUUGAGAUGAAAAUGCAUUUCUGCAAUAUCCAGAUAUAAUUUUAAACUGGAUUCGUGACCGUUUAUUAAAGAUAUAAAAUUGUUUAUAUGUCAAUAAUUGUGCUGUUGUAAAGUUCCUGCCUUUUUCUUCUAUGUGAAGUGAUUUUGUUUGUAACUUUUGGUUCUGUAAUAAUAACAGCUACUGUAGCUAGAGGGAACUAAUAGCUGUGCAAACAAGUACAGAAUUCAAGUUUUAUGGCUUUAAAAAUCAUUAAUUUAAAUUUUUAAAUUAAUCUUUGUCAUUAAAUUUCACCACCUACCAAGAAUUAUCAAGAACAAAACUGGUAAUGUAAAACAAGUCGCUUAUCAGAGAUUGUUUUAAUUUGCAUAUCUGUGGCUCACUCACCUCAUGAGACAGCAUUGUGUGUUUUGAGUCCUGCUCUGGAGCCAUGAGUGCAAAAGUGAUUUGGGUUGAGUCUCUAUUAUAAUAGGGGAGUCACAGUGGUGUAGCUAGUACAGCCAGUGCUCCAGAGUGCCAGAGAACCCAGUUCAGUCCUGACCUUGAGUGCAGUCUGUGUGGAGUUUGCGCACAUUCCCUGUGAUGAAGAGGGUUUCCACCAGGUGCUACGGUUUCCUCCCACAUCCCAAAGAUGUUAUGGUUACUAGGUUAAAUUGUCCCUAGUGUGUAGGUGAGUGGUAAAAUCUGGAGUAAGUUGGUUAGAAUGUGGGGAAAAUAAUAAAAAAAAACAACGGGAUUAAUGUAUAGAAUUGUACAAUACGGAAGCAGGCCUUUUCGGACCAUCUCACCCAUGCUGACUGUGAUGCCUAUCUACAUUAAUCCCAUUUGCCUACAUUUGACCUGUAUCCCUCUAUGCCUAAUAGAGAGUAUUAGUGUAAAUGGGUGGUUGAUGGUCAGUAUGGACUCAGUGGGCCUCUAUGCUUUAUUUCAGACUCAUACUGAGGGGUGCUACACUGUCAGAGCUGCUGGAUUUUGGAUAAGUUGUCUGUCCUUUGGAUGGAUCCUAAAGAAAGUAUGGCAUUUUGCAAAGAAGAGAGAUUUUAUGGCCAAAAUUUAUUCUUUAAUGAACAUGAUCUGGAGUUUAUCAUAUUAUAUUAUGGGGAGUAUGGAAAGUGGUGGUUGUUUCUUCCUUUACAAUAGUAACGCCACUGUACAGUUACUCAAUUGGCUCUAGGAUGCAUUGGGACAUUCUGAAAGUACAUGACAAGCACUGUAUAAAUGGAAGUUCUUUUGUGUCCUUGUCAUGAAAUGGGAGGAAAGGAAACAGAGGAAAUAUUAGAUAUUUGUCUGAUUUUCUCUAUCUUAAGAGUUCCAGUUCAGUCUAAAUAUUUAAUUUGCCUCUACCCAACCCUAAUUGUUUGUGGGAGCUUGUUGAAUGCCAAAUGGCUAUUUCACUUGCAGUCAUUGCGUAUGACCUUCUAUGAGACAUGAAUUGUGCUAAAGCACUAGAUAAAUGAACUUUUCCUGCCCUUUUAAAAUGUUUUUAAAACAUGUUUGUCAGAAUUUUUAAAUCCAGAAAUGCACAGCAUAUCAGUCAACAGUUAUGGGAAGAAAAGAUGCAUGAUUUCAGUGAAGAUCCUUUAUCUUUUCAAAGCUCUCAGCUGGAAGUAUUAACCUCUCACUUUGUAUAGUUCCUGAUAGGCUGCUGUGAAUUUUGAGCAUUUUUUUAUUAAAUAUUUUUUAACUCAUUGGAUAUGCAGGAUCUAUUUUAGAUUAAGCAUUGACAUUUUAUCUCUCAAAGUUUCUAAGAUUGUAAAACCAUAAGAAGUUGAUCUGUUCAGGGUUUUAGGCACAAAGAGAUUAGGAAUUUUCAGAGGAAUUAUUACAUGAAGAAUGGUGGAGAGAGAAGUAUAUAUGUGGAGAGAACAAACCGUCUUUGCUUUUAGUUUUAAUAAAUGGUGCAAGGAACAGUUGCAUAUUUUAUAAGCUUGCCUUACCUUUUGAAUCUAUAUAGUAGAUCUAAUACUCGAUCUGUAUCUCAUUGUUUAGUUUCUGCUGAAACUUAAAUGGAUAUUCUAUAAUUAAAUAAUAUGAAGAAAAUCUUUUCAUUUUUUUCAAUCUUCAUAAAUCAGUAUUACUAUAAAAAUGCUGGCCAGGUAAUAAUUAGUUUAAACAUGAAGUAAUGCAGGUUCAGUGACCAAUUAAUUUCCUUCCUUAUUAAAUUUGCAGUGUAGAAUUACAAGCAUAUUUCUUUUAAAGUAUAUUUCUUUAAUUGAAGGUUUCGACAAUAAUAAUAGUUUCUUAUGUUUUCAAGCGUUAAUAAAUAAAAUACAAGUCCAUGUUUCAGUUGGACUCCAGUAAUGUCAAAAUGAGGAAAAGAUUGAGGCCUUUACAUCAGGGAUGUUUUUCUAUCUAUCUUUUCCAAAUCUAUUUUCCUUUACUGUUUUCACCUUGUCCUGAGUUUAUGUUACCAGGUUUUGAUGUGCAAAUAUACCACAGGAGCUGGUGGCAUUAAUGUAAUAUUAAAAAAAACCAUCAUGAAAGCAUCUGCUAUAACCGCACUUACUGAGAUUAUAAACUGGUCUUUUUUUUCUCUCUGCCAUCUAUCCUAAAUAGAGGAAACAUGCUCAUCUCAGACUGACCUCAGUAAAUCCAGCUUGUGUUUGUCCCUUUGCACGCACAGGUGGUUUGGAGUAAAAGAGGAAACAGUAGUUUAAUUAGCAACAACAGCACUGCUUGUUAUUUUUGGAAUGUUUUAAUAUGGGCAAUUUAUUCAGCUGAGUAGUUAAUAAGCUUUUAGCAAACAUCAAAGUUGUCUGUAGGAGUUCAAUAAAGUGCGACUUGUUUAUAACUGGUUGAAAGAUGAAAAGCAUCCAGUAAUAAAAUUACAUCCUGUCUCUCAAACUCAGGCAUCUUGAGUAUUUUGAGCUGUUUAAUGUUGAUGAAUAUAGGACUGUGGUGGUAGUUUGAGGGACAAAAUUAAGAGCAUAAUGAUGUUUUGGUUUUAAGUAUAAUUUUCCUGUAGGAAAACUGCCGAUAACUAAAACUAGUGGCAAAACUAUUCUGACAACUUCAUUGCAAUUCACUUAGGUACUUAUCAUAUAUUUUCCUUUUAGGUUAGUCCAGGCUCUGUUCUUAUUGACCAGUGGUAACAUUGACUGAGAGAAGAUUGGGAGAAAAUUGGUUGGGGAAUUUUUCACAACAGAAAUUGCAAUUGUUUUGAAUCUGGAAGAAUAGAGAGAGAGAG